UUUUGUAAACUUGAUUCUAUAGAGGUUGGGGGCCCGAUCCGGCCCUGUUCGAAAGAUCGAGUCUGGCAAUUGAAUUUUGGCCCGAAAAAGCUGCGGUCUGACCGGCUUGAAUAAAUGACUCGAACGACGGCUCGACUCGAAAACCCCAGAACUAGUUAUUUUGAACGAGACCCAGUCUAUGAUGCACACUUGUUUUAACCAAAACAAGGAAUUUUUAAGAAUGGAUCCAAACGGAUCAGAAAAUGGACGUUUCUGUUUGGGAGCACUUUCAAAUGUUCAUAGAAGUGAAUCUUCAGAAAAGGCUAGAUUACAUAUUGGAAAAGGAAUUCGUUUACAAAUUGUUGAUUCUUCUGAAGAUUGCAAUAUAUUUGUUGAAUGUUGUUCUCAAAAAGGAAUAUUUGUUAAAAGCUGCUUUCUUGAUUUUCAAAAUGGAUUGGGCUAUGGAAGUGCUGUACAUAAAUUUUGUUUUGGGGCUGUUAGAAAGGUUUUUAAUCUUAAAUGGGCCUAUACAGAAAUGGUUGAGAAAAAACGAAGAGCGAAUAUGGCAGCAAUGGUAAAAGCCUAUGCAGUAGCCGGCAUUGCCCCUCAAAAUGGUUUGGUUCAAGAUUCUGGUACGGGUGUAGAUGAUCUUAGAGCGGUAUAUAUUUUUAAAUUGUGGAUUAUUCAAAUUAGGAUUGGGUUCCGUCAUGAAACCAUGGAUGGGUAUGGUUGAGUAAAAAGCCGGGUCGGGUUGAGAAAUUUUUUAGGAUACUUUCGGGUCGAUAAAAUGUCUAGUCGAAAUGUCUUCUGUCCUCCACUGCUUUGAAAGUUUCGUCCUCGACGACUUCAAUAAUUUUCAUAUGGCCUCAACCUUUAGUGAUCUGAUUUCUCCGAUUAUGCUUAUUUUUAAGAAUUCUUGGAAAGGAAAUUUUGAAUAUUAAAUAAAUUUUUAGGCUUGACCAAUUCUUUGGUGUGAAAAUUUGUCUUUUUUCCAUUUCCUUGGACAAGAAUAGAAAAAUGUCUAUUCUUGUCCAAGGAAAUGGAAAAGGGCAGAUUUUUUCCGACUAAAUCCCCACGUCUCCGAACUUUUUUUCCUUUGGGCAGGAAUUGGUUUACCUUGAAAAUUGGUAGCCUUUCUUACCUGCAUUUCUUUAGUUACUUCCUUAUUAAUCCUCAACAUUUCAAAAAAAAAUUUUUUACUCCUUUCAUCAAUUUUUUAAUUAAAAUAGACUUGCUGUACAAUUGCCAU